AUGGUUUCCAUCAAGUCCUUCCUCGCCACCGCCCUUGCGGCCCUCCCCCUCUCAUCCGCCUACAUCACCAACAUCGCGGCUCCCGCCUCGGCCAAAGCCGGCUCGACCGUCACCGUGACGCUCACAGCCGCCAUCUACAUCCAGAACUGGGAUGACUUCGGCAUCGUGUGGGGUCUAGCGCCCGAGGCCUGGGACUGCGGCGACAUUGUCUGCAUCGGCCGGCGCGUCGCCUACACCUCGCUGUUCCCCGACAACGAGCCGCAGCCCGGCAAGUUCACCAUCGACGUGCCUAUCCCGGAGUCCUUCACCGCUGGUGACUACAAGCUCGUUGCUGCGAUCCCGUAUCUCGUCGGCGCUUCUGGCAUGACCCAGAUCCAGAGCCACAGUGCCAACAUCACCAUUGAGGCUGCUUAA